GCGGAAAAUGAUUGUAAGGAACCUUAUGAUUAUGCUUCUUUGUUUGAGGGCCAAGAAAGAUGUCCCCAUGUUGAUAAUCGAUAUACAUAUUUAAAUAUUACGGUUAGUACUUCUCAGAACGUACAAGCAAUUGGCAAAUUGGUAUUUAAUGAUGACAAUGGCCACCAUGAACAAAUUUUAGGCACACCUUUAUUGGUUUAUACUA